UUUCACAACGCCUUCGCGACACAGCCUCAGCGUGCAGGGGUCUAGACACAGCCCCCUUUUGAUCUCCUCAUCUCAGCCACCGAACUUCCAUCUGCACAUUUCCCUUGACAAUGAAUGCCUACAGAUGUACACUCAAGCUUGCGCACAAUUAAUACCUCAUAAUGGCAGAGAUCCUUGGCCUCGCAGCUAGCGUCAUCCAGAUCGCCGGCGCAGGCGCUAAGCUCUCGACAGCUUUGUACAACUUCACCAGUUCAGCAGCCCGCGCAGACCAAGAGAUCAGAGAUAUUGCCGGCGAUGUAGAACUUACAUCAAAUGCGCUUGAGAGCGUCGGGGAAGUAUUUGAAACAGAAGAUGCCAAAUCCAUUGUGUCGAAGAAGGCAAUCCAGGAUGCGAAUCAAAUCAUCAAGCGAUGCGAAGAAGUGUUCAAUGAGGUCUCGCAGAUGAUUGAGAAGAGGACAAAAGUGGGAAAGGACGGAAAGAAGAGCUUGAGUAUAAUGGGCAAGCUGUCUUGGCCGAUGAGAGAGCAAAGAGUGGAAUUGAAUCGGAAAAGACUAGAAAGCUUGAAACACAGCCUUAUUUUGUUUCUACAUGUGCUACAGCUCGCGCAAGGGCAGGUUCGAGGAAAGGUGGAAAAAACCGCCGUGGAAGAAGAACGCGAGAAGAUUCGUGAGCUUCACCAGCGGCAGCAGGACUCGCUGAAGAGCCUGCAAGCUUUAGAGUACAAGUUCUGUCGAAUUGCAUUAGAUGAGAAGGAAACACUCCCAGGAUCCAAUACGACUUCACGGGAAUCGACAUUUAAUAUGUUACUCAAAGCUGAGCCUGUGGGACUACUACCAUUUGGCGAAACAACCACUCGAACAGACACAGACACGACUAUGGUUACGGACGAAAGAUCAAUAUCAGAUGAUACAGAGAUAUCUGAUAGUGAUGCGACAGCUACUGACUACGAUGAUGAGCAUAUCUCAACAGAAGAACUUGCAAAUUGCGCGAAGCAUGUGCAUAAGUUGCUGAAACGCAUCACCGAACUUCAGCAAAAGUCCGAGAGCAGUCAAAAGCCCGCUUUACAUCAGAAGAAACAAGUGCACAAGAUGUACCGACGAUUUUGCCGUCAAUUCGAAUCGCAAAUCAUUGGUACUCCUAUCCUUCCUCCGCCAGUAUUCGAACCCUUGAAGGUACAAUCCCCUACGAUGAAUUUUGCCGACUAUGCAGAUGCAUCAGAUGAAAGAAAGCUCGGAGAGCUCUCUACAUAUCGUAAAAGCGGUGUUGCAACACAAAGAAGGAGACAGGGACCUCUCACAGAGGCACAUAGAAACAGAGCGCAUAGGAUGCGGUGCAUAAGGGCCUGUACCAACUGUAAAGAACUUAAGCUCAAGUGUGAUUCCAACACACCUUGCAGCUCCUGUCUUAGGCUGCAUGCCCAACAAACCUACACCCCUUAUCAGGACUGUAGUAGGGGCAUUGAGAUCACCGGAGACGCUUUUAUACUCCCAAGAGAUAAUAAAGAGCCUAAUCUAUCUCUGGUUGGCAAUAAUGAACAAUGGCUGCCUCCAGACGCAGGCCAAACAUAUGGCUCCGCUGAUGACAUUAUGUUUGAGACAGGUAAUACGACACAGCCUCGAAACGCUGUAGCCAACCCUUUUGCACAACAACGCCCAUCUGUAAACAAUCUACCUGAGGGUAUGGAUGCUAGGAAUACGGGUCGAAGGAAGAGAAAAGUCGCAUCCGAUGCAUUGACACCCGAAUCUGCUCCGAGAAAGCGGCGAUCAACACAUACCAACAUAGAGAGGUCUAUAACGGAUUCUGUUCCACUGAUGGACCACUUUGUACAAGAGCGUUCUGAGACCGAGGAAUUUGGAAUUGAAGAAAAGGAUGAUAUUGUCGAUGUGCUACUUGAGCAGUGGACAGUACUGGUACCCUGAGAUGAUCCUUCGCACCUCUUGGAAAUAGAAUCAUCGUCUAGUCCAUCUUGACGAUAUCAGCUCGAAUUUGCAUACCUCUGAGCACCCGGAAUCCGAUGUAAUGACCUCUUACAUUUCUUUUCGGGUUGUUGAUUCACUCCACAUCCAAGGUGAGAAGCUCGCAGUUACUUCGGUCAUCAUACUCGACAUUCGGAUAGGGCUCAAACUCAACCCUUUUGAAACAAACCAAAAUCGGCAUUUCUUCAGACUCCGAGCGAUUGCCCAUUGACGGCGAUCAUCUAUAUCGUGUCAGCUCAGACUGUCGCCAAGAGGCUUCCCAUGCACAUCCCCCGCACUUCCUAUAC